CGGCAGCAGCGGGGAUUCGCCCCGCUCUCGCUGGCACCCGGCGGUGCCGCCUCCAUGGCCUCGCCGGGGCGGUCCGAAGACGCGGACCGGACGCUGUUCGUGGGGAACCUGGAGAGCCGUGUGCGGGAGGAGAUCCUCUACGAGCUCUUCCUGCAGGCUGGACCAUUAAUCAAAGUGACGAUUUGUAAGGACAAAGAAGGAAAACCUAAGUCUUUUGGAUUUGUCUGCUUUAAGCACAAAGAGUCAGUGCCUUAUGCAGUAGCUUUGCUGAAUGGAAUCCGUUUGUAUGGAAGACCAAUUAAAGUGCAGUAUCGGUUUGGGAGUUCUCACUCAUCAGAACUAAGCAGUCCUACACAUGGUUUUGAGAACUAUAUUGAUUUAUAUUCACCCUCGUAUAGGUAUCAAGAGCCUUAUGGAUAUCCUCCCUUUCCUGUUACUCCUUUUCCCAUGAAUAGUUUACCUCAUGAAUACUCAGGCAUUCAAAAGAUGAUGAACCAUGUUCUAGCACAGCAGUACACAGUACAGAGUCCACUGGGUCAGCAAUUUCCUUACUGUCAGAUGACUCCACGAUUGCCUUCAAAUUUUUCCUUUUCUCCCUAUCAGAAUCAAGCUGCAGAUUUUAAGUCUGCACAGAGUUGUUUUGAAUUGGCUCUGCCACAUUUGCGUGAAUGUGAAAUGCACCAGAUGGAUGAAAGUACCUCUAAGAGAAAAAAAGAACAACAAAGUUGUGACAGUGACACUAGUGUUGAGGAUGACAAAGGGAGACAAAGAGAGCGUGACCAAAAAUACAAGAAGCGCAAAGCCAAGAAAAAGAUGCAUUAAUACUAUGCAACUGGAUUAAUAGAUUUUUUUUUCUUGUUAUUCAUCACUUUUGUUUGAGAGAAAUUCAACCUUUCACUCUGGCACUUUAUUUAAAAAGGAAUGUUCAAGAUUCAUAUUAUUUUUGUAAAGUGUUACGCAGAAGGUAUGCUGAUACUUUAUUUACAACUUACUGAAAGAACAAAGUGCUAUUUAAUGUAUAGGAAGCAUUUAAGAAGAAAAAGUUUUCCUAAUAAAGGAAAAAAGCUAUUUGGUUUCUCCCAUGCUGCCCUGCCCCUCCCUGACGCAAGUAAUGUAGAAACUUCAUGGAAACACAUAAUUCAGCCACUUGUGAAGCAUAUGUAUCACUUCAUCAUUUAUGGAAUGUGUUGUUUUGAGUGGUGUAAGAGUUUUCUGGAGCCACUGAAGAAGUCUGUGGGCGAAAAAUUUUUAAGUGUCACAUCAGAGAUGUGCUUGUCACUGAAAUAUCAACACCUAUAAAGUUUUCUCUUAUUUAGAUCUGUUGUUACUUUCAGUUAGGAUCAGCUUGUAUGGUUAUCUGAACUGUUUUUUUUCCAGUAGUAAAUCUGAGGUAAACCCAAGACUUACACAUGUAUCAGUGAUGGAAUGUAUGUGCUUUAUGGCUUCUGGCUUCUGGUACUGACCAGAACUACAUGCAUAUAUAUAUGCCUCUUUCUAUAAAAUUACUCUGUAGUUAUUUUAUUUUCUUAAUUGCAAAUCUAAAUAUUCGAUGUAUCAAAUACUCAUUAAACUUGUUAUCUAUCUCAUUUACUUGUUAGCCAAAAAGCAUGAGUCAGUGCAAUUAGUACUACCUCUUACAGAGGAAAGCUCUUCCCUUGUGCAGCAGAGGAAGAAUAAACUAUCUUGUGCCGUCAUGAAUCAAAGUAGUUAAAGGAUCUAUUCUCUGUUGCAAACUCACAACUGCUGCCAACGAUAUUAAGACAACUACAGAGGUAUUGUCUUACACAAUACCAAGUACAGGUGAAAUGUUUCUAAGAUCCUACUAUAUGAGAAAGUGAAACACUUAAUUUUCCGUUCUUUAAUAUUAGCAAAACUUCAAUAUUGCUUUAAGAUAAAUCUUCAUAGUAGAUGUAGGCUUCAAAUUGAACCUGACAGUAAAAAGGAACUUUGGUUUUAUUGAACUCAGUGUUCUCGGUUAUACUUGGUUUGCUUGGAAGGAAUGCUUUUCAACCUGACACCAGCACUAAGGAAGAAUAUCUGGUUUAAAGGUGGUGUGUUUUACAAGCCCAAAUGAGUUUCAGUAAUGAAAGAAUAUUCAGCUUUCAACACUUUCUCUUUUGUCUGAUAAGAUAAAUCACACUUAGUACUAAGUUACUUUCUCAAGACACAGCUUUUAACUUCCCAAAGGGAUUACUUUUUUAGCUUCAGACAUUUUUCUGUAAUGCCACACAGUAUGGCACCUUGAAAUGUCAUUAGCAACUGAAUUCAACCUUCUCCAGAAAGAAUUUACAUAACAAAAGUAUAUGCCUUAAAUAAGAUUUAUGCCUUAUGUUUUAAGAAACUUGGUUAAGUCUGCCCAGUUCCUUUAUCUUGUCUCUCUAACUUUCCACACAAACACAUUAUAGUAUUUUGAUGGGUUUAUUUGGACUUUUUUGUUUGUUUGGGUGUUUUGGUUUUUUUCUCCACCAUUAACUUUAGGACUAAGCUAUAUAGAUGUAAUAUAACAUCUCUUGAAAGAUACUGCUGAUUCUGUACUAGUAAAUCACGGAUCACAAAAAUUGCCACAGUAAUGUUAAAAAAUGGCAUGUUAAAUAUACUGAUUUCUUUAACCCUGUUCCCCACUGCCAAAUUGAAAUAGGUUUAAUUUAAAUUACAUAUAAUUGGAUAAAGGAAGAAUACAUUGACAGUAGGUUAAGUUAGAAUAAAGUUCAUCAGACAAAAGAGAAAACUGAUGAUGCCCAAUCCAGAAUUAGCCGAGAGAAAGAGAAUCUUGCACAGGUCUAACGUGUUUUUAUCAGACUUGUUCUGUGCAAUUACACCCUAUAAAAGGAAUGUCAAAGAGGAUCAUAUUGGAUAUGACUGAUAAAAUACUGAUAAAAAUCUUCUAAAGAAAUAAUUCUUACUGUUUUUCUCAGUCUUUUUUUUUUCCUGAGAAAGCUAUGGGGUUUAACAAAUUUGGAUAUCUGCAUACCUGAAACUCAUUGGUAUGUUAAAAGAAUUUUCUAGGCCUGUGGGAAUGUGCUAAAACUACUUUUGCUGUAACCGUUUCUUUUGUACAUUUGUGAACUUUAAGCAUCACUUUGGUCAGGACCCAUAGAUAUUUCAGUUACAUUAUUACCAUAUUUAUGAAAUAACAUACUGGAAAUAAAACAUUUAAGUUUGGCCUUGACCAAGUAU